GUUGUGUAACAGUUCCGCCCUUCUUGCCGUCGCUCUUUAAAGAGCAAGAUAACAACAAUAACGUGUUUACAUUCCUUAGACAUGUGCUGACUUUUUCCUUUUCUUUUCACUUUUCGACGUCACUGUUUGGAUUCCCGCCGGGACAUGGAGCUGGACCGGCGGCUGUUGCUGGCUCACUGUGCCGCCCACGCCCUCUCCAUGGCGGCGGGGCUGCUGCUGGUGGUGCCCAUGGCUCUCAACGGCUCCGCCUUCAAAGGCCGCUGCGCGCUCUUCUCCAGCGGCUACUGGAGGACCGAGUCCGGCCCGGACGUAGCAGAGACGGGGGAGGUGGCCCCGCACCUGCGGGUGCAACAGUGGGGCCCACCCGCCGCCUGCCAGUUCGUUACUUUCGUGGGCAUUUUCACGGUCCUGUACGGGGCGGCGCAGGGCUGGAGGAGCCUCUUCUACCUCCACGGACGACAUGACGAUACUUUGUUUUCCUCCUUCCUGACGGUGCUGCUGAGCGUGUGUUUGUUCUUCCUGUCGGCCGGUGCCAGCGUCAUCUUGUCUCUCGGCCUGGCCUCCUGGUGUGACACGCUGACCGACAACAACACACGGCCCUUCAGCUGUGCAGCUUCCCAGUCUGUGCCGCUUUACCUGGACGUGGACACCUCGUCCUUCUACACGGACCUCAGCUUGGCACAGGCGUCCCUGUGGUGCGUGACCCUGCUGUGGUUGGUCCAGUCCGUCCUGGCCUUCUUGCGUCUUUACCACUCGCACAGUGGGCCGUGUCUCCUGCGGGAGAAGGAGCUGCUGCUCAGGGACGCUGGGUCUGAGGGCACACCUUACCCUCCGGAAACACCCACCAUCAUGGUGUGACACCUGAUUGUAGCCGAGAGGUUUAUUUUUCUUAUAUAUAUGUAUAUAUAUAUAUAUAUAUAUGUAUGUUUGAUGUAAGUAGAGACACCCACGCACUGACUUUGCACUGCUGGCAUGAUUAGUCCACGUUCCGGUGCCAUGCAGCAACAUGACCAUCUAGUUUUAUUCAUCCAAAGACCCAUGAAGGGUCGCCGUGAGUCCAAGGUAAAUAUCUCUGCAUGUACCGUAUUUUUCGGACUAAAAGUCGCAGUUUUUUUUCAUAGAUUGGCCGGGCUCCAGUGCGACUUAUAUAUAUAUAUUUUUUUUUCCUUCUUUAUUAUGCAUUUUCGGCAGGUGCGACUUAUACUCUGGUGCGACUUAUACUCCGAAAAAUACGGUAUUUGCAGAAGGUCACAAUAGUACUGAGGAUGUUUUCAUAAACGGCAAUUUGAGGAUUUAAAGGGGAAGCUCACAUAUAUUCAUUUUGGAAUUUUACAAUAUUUAGAUGAGGGGUGUCCAAACGACGGCAGAUUAACGACCAUGAAUGUUGCUUUGAAGUGUCGCCUAUACGACCCAAUCCAAACAACCUUUCCUAGUCAUAGUGCAGGAAAAAAAAAACACACAUGGUCACACAUAGCACAAUCUGAUCACUGAACUUUGUGGAUAUUAUAACAAUAGUCCAAGUCACUAUACAUAAUUCAAAAUUACGCCCAUUUAAAGCCACUGCAAUGCAUAAUGGGAACAUUUCUAAACACUCCCCGCACUUUUCCAUGUUUGGCACAUUUUAGCUGCUGGAUAUUUCUGAAUGAUUAGAAAACCUUAAGGAGGUUGUAAAGUAAACAAGGUGGGAGUUGAACUUUCACACUCUUAAUAUCCAAUUAUGUUAGUCAUUAAUUAUAUAUUCAAUAUAGGGUGGCACAUUGUGUGGAGUUUGCAUGUUCUCCCCGUGACUGCGUGGGUUCCCUCCGGGUACUCCGGCUUCCUCCAACCUCCAAAGACAUGCACCUGGGGAUAGGCUCCUCCCACCUCCAAAGACAUGCACCUGGGGAUAGGUUGAUUGGCAACACUAAAUUGGCCCUAGUGUGUGGAUGUUGUCUGUCUAUUUGUGUUGGCCCUGUGAUGAGGUGGCGACUUGUCCAGGGUGUACCCCGCCUUCCGCCCCAAUGCAGCUGAGAUAGGCUCCAGCACCCCACGCAACCUAAUCGAUUAGUUGUUGCAGCCCUAAUAUAUA